AUGCUCUUUCUACAAAGAACAAAUUGUAUCGUACGGAGAAAAUUAGCAGUUAACAUCCAAAAAUAUCUCUUUGGAUCAGCAUGUACCUUACAACAGAAUCAAAGACAAGCAUGGGCAACAACAACUGUAGACCCUAUGGAUGUAGAAAGGCAUGGACAGCUUAUGAAGCAUUGGUGGGAUGAGAAUGGUGCGAUAAAAGCUCUUCAUAGCAUGAAUUUAGUCAGAGUGCCAUUUAUAAGAGAUGGACUUGUACAAAUUUCACCAGAUGAAAGAAAUGCAACACCGUUAAUAAAUAAGAAAAUAUUGGAUGUUGGAUGCGGUGGAGGAAUUCUAUCAGAGGGGUUAGCACGAUUAGGGGCAAAUGUUACUGGAAUAGAUGCUGGUAAAGAAUUGAUUGAAUUAGCCAUCAAACAUAGCAAAGUGAAUCCAAAACUGAACAACAAUUUGCCUUCAUACUUUUGCACAACUAUUGAGGAGCACUGCCAAGAAUUUAAAAAUCAUUACGAUGCAGUUGUAGCAUCUGAAGUAAUAGAACAUGUUUAUAAUAAGGAACUUUUUGUAAAGGCAUGUGUUGAAACACUAAAACCUGGUGGAAGGAUAUUCUUCACCACACCAAACAGAUCAAGAGUGACGCAGUUUUUAGGAAUAUUUGUAGCUGAAUAUGUCUUAAAUAGUAUACCUCGUGGAACUCACCAAUAUGACAAAUUCAUGACAUCUCCUGAACUAGCUUUUUUACUAGACAGAAAUAAUUGCCAUGUGGAAUUGUCAUAUGGAUUGUCCUAUAAUCCGUUCUCUAAUCGGUGGAAAUUUGUAAAAUCACAAAUUCUCCUGUUUGCAAUGCAAGCCGUUAAGCUUGCG